AUGAGUCAUAAGCUCAUCCAGAAUUAUGAAUAUAUAGCUGCACAUAUCAAAGAUUACAUUCAAGAGGAAAAGCUUUUUGAUAUUUUUGAACUCAAAGAUUUAAAGAAAAUCCUAAGAUUAGCGAACUUUACAUCAGAAGAUUUCAUUACUCUUCUUAAACAAUCUGAAUCUACCCUUGAUGAAAAUGAGUUAUAUGAAUGCGCUCGAAACACUAAAGUUUCAAUCCGCAAUUACCAAGAAGUUAUUUCAACACUUAAAUCUGUUCGAAAAUACAUGAAAUUAACUAUGUUAGAUGGAAUUAUUGGUUUUUUAGAUGAAACUGAUAAAAUUAUUUCAGAAUCAACAGUGAAAAUCCAAAAACUUCAAGCAGAGUUAAAUUCCAUUCAAAAAGCAAAACAAAAAAGUGACAACGAACUACAAUUUCUUAAGGGUCCACUGUAA